AUGUGGCAUCUGUGGAUUAAAUAUAUAACAAUUAGAGUGUUACUGAUUGUUGUUGAUGGGAAAAAAAUUAUGCAGACACGAGCGCCAUUGUUUCCCAACAAACCUUUUGUGGUGUUUUGGAAUGCUCCUACUGAACAGUGCAGACUGCGCUACAAGGUGGAUUUAGAUCUCAAGAUUUUUGACAUUAUAUCAAAUGCCAAUGAGACGCUGAGUGGGUCCACUGUGACAAUAUUUUAUUACACUCAUUUGGGGUAUUAUCCCUAUGUUGAUGACAAUAAUGAUUCCAUCAAUGGAGGAAUCCCACAGAACCAGAGUCUGUUUAGGCACCUCACCAAAGCCAAGUCUGAUAUCGACCAUGCCAUACCUAUGAAGAAGUUCCAUGGACUUGGAGUCAUUGACUGGGAAAACUGGAGACCCCAGUGGGAUAGGAACUGGGGUCAGAAAGCCAUUUACAAAAACAAGUCGCUUGAGCUUGUUAGAAAGCUACAUCCUCAGUGGCCUGAAGAAACAAUCAAGAAGGUUGCUAAGGAAGAAUUCGAAAAUGCUGGGAAAAGUUUCAUGAACAGCACUCUUUUUCUAGCUCAACAUAUGAGACCAAAUGGACUCUGGGGUUACUAUCUGUUCCCAGAUUGCUAUAAUUAUUACAAGGAAAAUCCACACACAUACACAGGCAAAUGUCCAGAUGUCGCAUCUUCACGUAAUGAUCGUCUGCUAUGGCUGUGGAAACAAAGUACUGCCCUUUAUCCUUCCAUAUAUCUCAAUUACACUCUGAAGUCAAGCCCAAAUGCUUUGAAGUUUGUACACUAUCGGGUUAAGGAGGCAUUACGCAUUGCCUCAAUUGCUAGAAAGGACUAUGCCUUGCCUGUUUUUGUUUACUCUAGGCCAUUUUAUGCCUAUUCAUUAUAUGAACUGACAGAGGAUGACUUGGUGCACACGAUUGGUGAAAGUGCUGCAUUGGGGGCAGCAGGAGUUGUCCUUUGGGGAAGCUUGCAUUAUGCCAACUCCAGUGAAAACUGUUUAACUGUGAAAAAAUACAUAAAUGGCCCCUUGGGACAUUAUGUCAUUAAUGUGACCUCUGCAGCCAAGCUCUGCAGCAAAGUUCUUUGCAAGAAGAAUGGAAGAUGCAUUCGCAAAAUCAGUGACUCAAACACCCAUCUGCACUUGUCUCCGCAGAGUUUUAAGAUUCGGCUCAAUUUUUCUAAAAAGGGGAACAAAGUUGAUGUGAGAGGAAAUCUGAAAAAGGAGGAUGAAAAGGUCAUGAGAGAGAAAUUCAUAUGCCAAUGUUACCAGGGUUGGACUGGGAUGUUUUGUGAAAUGCCUGAUUCUAGUAAUUCCAUUACCAAACUCUUGAUAAGAGAUGGCACACCAGUCUAAUUUUAGGCAAAUGUUGGCCAGCAUUGAUUGAUUAGUUGCUUAAUACAAAGCAAACUAACUACCCGAUAACCAAAAUACAUUAAUCAAUCUUUUUACUCUAAUAUCAGCAAUUCAUAAUGUUACCAGAAUUGCAUAGUAGUCUUGAGUGGCCAUUGUUCCUGGUCUGGGUAGCAAAUCCUCUCAGGUGUGUGGGGCAAGUUGAUACAACCAGUAGCUGAUCCUCAAUCUUCAGGGUGUCAAACAUUUCCAAAGAUCUUUUUAAGAGUUCUUUUAUACUUUUCUACACAAAGCUAAUAUGCAAAGCUGAUACAUCUUGGCUGCUAUCCAGGAUUUUUAACAGCCUGCAUGUAUGUUCAGGGCUUGAGACUUCUACACAGCUAGAUUAUCUGAUAUUUGGAGAGUUGGGUCAUUUUACCUGGUGUGGUUUCCAAUCUCAGGUCAUCCUUGUUCUUUUGCUGGCAUUCUCAUGUUCACUGGAUAAAAAAACAAGGAAAGGAUAUCUCUUAUUUAUCUGUUUCUUUGUAGAAGCUUUACUAAAAACGUGAUUUUUAUGGAGUUUUAUUGUAUUUCAAUUUUUG